AUGGAAACUUCUAAUAUUGCUUCUUCUUCUUCCUCGUCAGUAGCGCAGCAAGAAUCUUUUACAAACAUUCCACCUACAGCCUCAACUUCAACACAACCCUCACAAUCCCCACAAACUUCAACCACUGCGUCAAAUGAAAUCUCAGCGAAAAAGCAGCCCGUUGUCUUAUUAUGUAUUGGAAUGGCCGGGUCUGGUAAAACAACACUUAUGCAGCGCAUCAAUGCACAUUUGCAUAGUAUCAAGAAACCACCAUACGUGAUAAAUUUAGAUCCAGCUGUCACUCAAUUGCCAUUCACUGCAAAUAUUGAUAUACGAGAUACAAUUAAUUACAAGGAAGUAAUGAAACAGUAUGUGUCUUCGUGGCUUGGUCCAAACGGUGGGAUUCUCACAAGUCUAAAUUUAUUCACGACAAAAUUUGAUCAAGUAUUAGAGUUUGUGGCAAAAAGAGCUCCAGCUUUAAAUCACAUAAUAGUGGACACACCCGGACAAAUUGAGAUUUUUACGUGGUCUGCGUCUGGAGCAAUUAUCACUGAUGCACUAGCUGCCACUUAUCCAUGUGUUGUUGCGUAUAUAAUUGAUACACCGCGUACAACAAAUCCUGCUACUUUUAUGAGUAAUAUGCUGUACGCUUGUAGUAUUCUAUACAAAACCAAAUUGCCGUUCAUACUAGUAUUUAACAAGACUGAUGUUGUAUCACACGAAUUUGCCGUUAAAUGGAUGACAGAUUUCGAGGCAUUCCAACUCGCAUUACAAAAAGAAACAAGUUUUAUGAAUUCUUUGAUGCAUUCGAUGAGUUUGGUGUUGGAUGAAUUCUAUCAGCAUCUUAGAGUAGUAGGUGUUUCAGCAAUGACCGGCGAAGGAAUCAAUGAAUUCUUUGAGGCUAUUGACAAAGCAGUUGAAGAAUAUGAGACCGAAUAUAAACCGGAAAUAGAAAGAUUAAUACGUGAAAAGGCAGAAAGACAAGAAAAUGAAAAACAGGCACAAAUUAAUAAACUGAUGGAAGAUAUGGAUGUUUCUGGAAAUGCGGUGAAGUCACAGAAUGGCAUGUAA